AUGCCGCAUCACCACCACCGCAUCAUCAACUCUGCUCCCAUGCCUCUUUACACCAGAGAGUUCGUCCAUCCUCCUCUUGACGGUUCGGUCACCUUACCAGAGACUAUCGACUUCCACUGGAUUCACAAUGCCGAUCUUCCUAUCUAUGCCUUUCACGACGCGGUCACGGGAGCGGUAAAGGAGAUCUCGUUGUUGGAGUUCGGUCGCGCUUGUCAUCGUGUUGCUCAUGAACUUGCUCCCAAUUUCGAGGUCGACUCGAGGCCUGUUGUAGCUUUGAUGGCGCUAUGCGAUUCGUUGCUCUACCAAGCUGUGACAGUUGGACUCAUGAAAGCGGGAGUCGUGCCUUUUCCUAUAUCGUCCAGAAAUACCGCCGCUGCCAUCGUCAACCUUCUCCGGAAGACAUCUUGCCAUUACCUCGUCACGACAAGCACAACCCUGCGGGAACUGAUCGACGAAGUCAAGAAGGACAUGGCGUUGAACGAACCAGAUUUUACUCUAAUGAUCCUUGAAGUGCCUCCAUUGCGCAAAAUCUUUCCAAAUCUCGGCGAAGAACGUGGGGAGGACCCGUUCACACCGUACACAGCUUCUCCGAAACCCAAGCUGGACGGAGUCGGAAUGUACAUCCACUCAUCAGGAAGCACCGGAUUUCCGAAGGCCAUACCUCAGACACAUUGGACGCUGGUAAACUGGGCAGCUAUGCCUCCUACACUUUCCUUUCGAGAUCGUGUUCCGCGUAUCCGCAUGGCAGCGAUGCAUCUUCCUCCAUUCCAUACCCUAGGAAUCUAUGCCCACCUCCUUUGGACAUUGUACGGAUGCACGACGAUGGCUCUAUACCCCCCGGUCGUCGAAAGCUCAGAAAUGGUGCCAAUCUUACCAACGCCAGACAACAUACUCGAGCAUCUCAGAAACACCAACUCGAACUGCAUUAUUACCAUUCCGACCCUCCUCCAAAUAUGGGCACAAGAUCCCAAGGCUGUUGACACGCUCAGCAAGCUCGAAUUUGUGAGUUAUUCCGGUGGUGCAGUUGUGCCCAGGCUUGGCAACUUCAUGGUCGGCGCGGGCGUCACGCUGAACCCGGGGUACGGUGGGACGGAGUUUGGCUCCCCCACGUACCCAUUCAAACGCAAAGAAGAUGCAGCUGAUUGGGAGUAUAUGGAGUUUGACAAGCGCUGUAAGAUUCGGUGGGCUCCUCAGGGUGAUGGGACGUUCGAAUGCCAGUUCUUGACACACGACAACCAUCCGUUGCCGAUUCAGAACUUGCCUGACGCCAGAGGAUAUGCGACGUCAGACCUCUUCGAACCCCAUUCCACGAAGAAACAUCUUUGGAAGAUUGUUGGCCGGUUAGACGAUGUUAUCAUCCAUUCAUCGGGAGAGAAGACAGUACCAGCCCCGAUGGAGGAUAUUAUCAUGAGCAGCAAUUAUGUUAUGGGCGUCGUCAUGUUUGGCCAGAGUCACAGCCAACCCGGAGUGCUUAUGGAGCCGAAGCCCGCAUACGCCAUCGACGUCAACGACGAAGAUCAGGUGGCCAAAUUCCGAAAUCUCAUUUGGCCCAUCAUAGAUGAAGCCAACAAAGCCGGUCCAGCUUUCAGCCGCAUCUUCAAAGAGAUGAUUUUGCUUACGAGCAAGGAUAAGCCACUUCCGCGGUCUGGAAAGGGAACGGUGAUGCGCAAGUUGGCUGUCAAGGUGUAUGCCGACGAGAUCGAGGCUUUAUACAACACCGUCGAAUCGACUCAAACCAUUGGCAAUAUCGAAGCACCGACGGAGUGGAACGUUGAGUCGGUCACGCAGUGGAUAGUCGCUCAGUUGCAGGAUUUACUUCAUGGGAAGACCGUCCAACCGACUGAGGACUUAUUUGAGCAAGGGCUUGACAGUCUCAGUGCGACGAUCCUACGUCGACGAAUAGCUGCUGCUCUACAAUCCACGAACACUCCUUCGAACUCUAUUGCUCAAAAUACGAUCUAUGCGUACCCUACCAUAGAACGCCUUACGGACCACGUCGCCAGCCUUAUCGCCGGUUUAGGCUCCAAGGUUACCCAACCGGAAGUUGAUCCUAUUCACGAACGCACAAAUCUCAUCGACUCUAUGAUCUCCAAGUACCAACUCAAGCCAGCUGCCAACAACAGUCCUGACGCCGCCAGUGUUGUUCUCCUAACCGGCUCGACUGGCAAUUUGGGAGCCCAGAUCCUCGCGGGCUUGCUCAAGGAUCCAAGAGUCAAACAGAUUUAUGCCCUGAAUCGGCCCUCUCCCACACCAGGAAAACUGAUCCUCGAAAGGCAUAAAGAGAAAUUCGAGGAUAAAGGAUUGGACAACAGCCUUUUGGUGGAUGGGAAACUCGUCUUGAUCGAGGGCGAGCUGGCCAAGGAUCGUUUAGGGCUGAGUGACGAACAUUAUGAAGAGCUGCAAGCCUUCGUGAACGUCGUCAUACACACAGCCUGGAGACUCGACUUCAAUCUGUCUCUUGCGUCCUUCGAAUCGAGCAUUCGCGGCACGCACAACCUCCUCCAAUUGGCUCGGACUUCUCGGAUGCAUGCAGACCGGAUCGUCGGCCCGGAAGCUCUCAGGUUUAUCUUCACGUCCUCAGUUGCAUCAGCACUCUCUUGGAACCAAGCCUUGGGUCCAUAUCCUGAAGAGGACGUUCUUGACUCUUCGUUUGCUGUGGGAAAUGGCUACGGAGAGAGUAAAUACGUGGCAGAGCGCAUCCUUGCGUCUAGUGGGCUCAACGCGACGUCCCUUCGGAUUGGCCAGAUCAGUGGGGGUCUACCGAACGGAGCCUGGGCGACCACCGAUUGGGUCCCUAUCCUCGUCAAGUCGAGUGUGGCACUCGGCGUAUUGCCUCUUGCUUCAGGGGUUGUCUCAUGGCUUCCCAUGGAUGUCGUCUCCAAUUCCAUCUUGGAUUUGGUGAUGAAUUCGGACUCAAGGACUCUUCCCCCUGCCAUGAACGUCCUUCACCCUGAACCUGUUCCUUGGAACACAAUAAUCGAGCACACCGCACGUGCCCUUUUCCAGGAGCUGUCCCUUGAUAAGCCCCUCAAUCUCGUACCCUUUCGAGAAUGGUUCAGCAUGCUGGAAGCUCGUCAAGCGUCGUCCGUCGAACACGACAUAUCAAAUGAAUUACCCGCUGUCAAGCUUCGGGAUUUCUUCAAGGCGAUGGCGGACGCGGAGUGCGUCGAGGAUGCCGAGGUCGGGGGGUUGACGAGGUUUGCCGUUCGUAAAAUUCAGGACUUUAGCGAGACUAUGAAGAAUGUCCGCCAGCUGGAAUACGAGGACGUGGAACGAUGGAUUCGGUAUUGGCGCAGUGCGGGCCUCUUUCGUCCUUAA